CUGGCUUUUAUUGCAAAUUUUAUUUUCAUAAUUCAGCAGAAUUUGCAUUUUUAAGCAAAAAAGGAGUCGGAUUCUGCGUCCGAAUCUAAACUACCGAGCAGCCAACUAGUGUGAGCAGCUUAUGACCAUCAUCAGUAUUACGUAUCGACAAACAAAUCCCAGUGACCCGUUACCACCCGAAAUCCAAUGUCGGCGUCACAACGCGGCGGUUGCAACAACAAAUGAAUCGUUCUGUUCUGAGUCAAUAAAGUGCACGCUGUGUGAGUCGUCAACAUCAAUGCGCCACUAGCGAAGAUCAGGUGAAGGUGGCGCCAUGUCCAGUUCGGUGUUUACGGAGGCGCCCAGCGCCCGGCCGGCGGCAGCCGAUGCCGACUCCAAUCUAGUAGUGGUCUACAGCAAGAAUGGAGUCUCUUUCGACGAACGUGCCAUUGGAAACCUAAUGGAGGAAAAAUCGAUCUCUACCAUCAGCGUAGUGCGUCUCACCUCGCCCACGCCCAGUAUGAUGGAUCAAGAGGAAGCCGAGCGAUUGGAGGAGCUAGCGAACUUCAUGGACACCGCCACGGACUCAGAACUGGACAGCGACAACGGCAGCCAAAGUGAUGGAGAGGAUGCCAGCGAUGCAGACGCCCAAGACGAGGAGAAUCAAAACACCGGCGAGGAGAAUAAUGGUGACUCCACUGACACGGAAACUGAUACUCCGCGCACCCGAAGGCGACCUGGCCGAAAGCCCAAGAUUAUCAAAAAACGGAAACGACGUAGACCAAAGGAGCGACCUCAAAUCGUGGGCCUGCGGGUGGAACAGUUUUAUGCGGAUAGCACGGCUGAUAUGGUUGUGAAAAAUGCACUGAAGCUUGCCGGAGUUUCCAUAUACAAGAGGACUGCUGAGACAGACGCACUGAUGGAAGUUAUCCGUAACGACCACAACUACACACCGUUUACCUCGCCAGAGCAGCUAAAGAACCAUAAGCGAGCCGAGAAGAUGGAUAUGGAAGCGCAAUCCCAAAGCAGGAAGAUCAUUAUGCAGGCACCGGGUAGCAUAAAACUAAUCAAUGCCAAAAAGCGGGUCCAGGCCAUUCCCUUCAGUCCUCUGCAGGUUAAGGUGCAGCGACUGCCUGUCAAGCCCCACCAAGUUCAGCAACCGGUGCAGCUGCAAUCCAAGGUUCAGCUAAUCCGAAAGCCCAUCCAUUCGCCACUGCCAAGACAGAAACCAGAGAUUAUUGCGAGCAACAUGGUAAAUGUCAGACCCAGACCAAGCCGCGCUCCCAUCAAGGUUAUUGCUCCAGUGCAUGACCACAUCGAAGACGAUGACGACGCUCAAAGCUCAGAUCCCGCUGACGAAGACAAUGCCGACAAGUCCUAUGAUACGGAGGAAAUGAGCGAGGAAAGCGACGACUUCCAAGAAUCGGACAAUGACAGGGACAGUGACAUGGAUUUCGAUAUGAGACACAGCGGUGGCCGCAACAAACGCAAGCGGGUGAAAAAGGUGGUCAGGCAUUCCAAACCAUCAAAACCAUUGCCAAUGCCGCCAUCAACAACCCAGCACUUCCCCGACCUAAAGAAACGAAAGGAAAUUGUGGAACAGAAGGCACCGCAAAUUGGUCAAAUCAUUCAGUUGCCUACGAAGGCAGCGCCCACAGUUAUUGCCCUGGGCAGGGGUCUUCCCAGCACCUCGUUUCUUAAGACCCGACCUUCACAUAAAACGCUACCUGUCAAAAAACCUCCACUGCCAGCGACACCAUCAAAUCCCAAUGUCCGCCGUGUCCCUUCAGUUCAUUUGGGAAGGAUCAUAAACUCACCACAGGAUGUCAAGGAGAUUAUUAUUAACAAGAACAUGGCCAGCCCAAAAGGCGUCUUUACCAACCUCAAUAGCCUGCUGGGCGAGAACAACAAUGCAACCAUAAAAUCUUCCCCUGAUUCUCUUAGGCACCGGGCCGUCAUGUCGCCCAGCACUCCGAAAUCGAGCUACACCCAACACCUGCCGCCCAUUGUAGUUCCAGUUCCGGCGCAAGCCCCAACACCUUCAAAAGGAUUUAUGCCCAUCGGCGUGGAUACGGCGCAAUCGCAUAAGUUGCCUGCCCAAAUUGUGAUCGAAACUCACCAGAGUUCUUCGGAGCUGGCAGCCGAGAAUGACAAGCAGCUUGAUCUGAUAAAUUCAAUUGUCCAGGAUGAACUUAUGAAAACCACGCUUGUGGACCAGCCGACAGUGAAUGCGGACGAGGAUAUUCCUAAACUCGUGAAAAUGCUGGAGAGCACAGCGGCGGAUCUAGGUCCUGCACCAGUUUCCUUCCCCACUCAGAACCUUGUCCCUUCAGAUUUGCCGGGAGUAGAAAAUCCAUCUGUGGUAGAUAUUGACAUUAUGGCGGCGGCUGACGAGGAUGAGAUUACGGCAGAUUUUCUCCAGCACGUGGUGGGUCUUAUCGAGGAGGACAAACAAUUUGAGGCCGAGGUGGUGAAACAAGUGCUGGCCAGCACAGAGCCCGGAACCUUGGAUGCCAUCGCGUCAUUGCCUAUGGCCGUACAUCCUGUAGUAUUGCCCCAAGCACUUACUAUUCAGGCACAAGCCAAUCUGGCGCCUCCUGCAGUUGUUGCUGAGUCCGCGCAAUCGAUGACCUCAUUGCCCAUUGCCUGCAGUACACCAUCGAGGAGCUUGGCUACCCCUUUGCCUACCUCAGCAAAGGUUGUGCGUGGCAACGGUCGGGUGAUUUACCUGCCUCCAAUUGAAGCACCCACCACGCGUGCUAAGCGCCGAGCACAGUUUCCUGCAAGUUCAGAUAUAGCCUCAGCUAGCUCAGGGGAUCUGGGUAACCUAUCCUUUGGUGAAUCGACACUGGAUACAAGCAUUAAUCAGCUAGCUAAUAGUAGCAGUCUGAGCAAUGACAGCCAGUCGGGAAUUGGACCAAAGCGACCCAAUCCGAGAGAGCCUUCGCUAGCCAGGCGUUCAACUGUGCCAAGAAGAUCAAAAAAGCUUAACACGAGUCAAAACAAUGAUCCCGAUGCUUCUGAAUCUCAGGAGGAUGACGACGACCCCAAUAAGCUCUGGUGUAUUUGUCGGCAGCCGCACAACAAUCGUUUUAUGAUUUGCUGCGAUUUGUGCGAAGAUUGGUUCCACGGCACAUGUGUGGGGGUGACCAAGGCAAUGGGCACAGAAAUGGAAAACAAGGGCGUUGACUGGAAGUGCCCCAAAUGCGUUAAAAAGCAGGAAGAAAAGAACCAACCGCGGAUAACAGAAAUGUUGGUUAGCAGAACAUCCGCACUAACUGAGGAAAAGCCAAAUGAAACCAAAGUAAUAACAUCGUCAGCGGAAUUAGUUCAGUUGACGAGUCCUUUAGCUCCUAAAAGAACACUGCCGGUGGGUGUUACUGUGUCCAGUUCACCAAUUCGGAUUCCCAUGAUAAAGCCGGCAAAGAAAUUUCCAACGAGUAGUACCCCUUACCAACAGCAGCAAUUAAACUUUAUCAAAUUGGGUCCAUCAUCUGGUAACCGCAUUUCGGAUACGGCAUGUGUUGUCUGCAAGCGGCCGGCAAACUCCAAUUCAGUUUAUUGUAGUGAAGAGUGCAUACGAAAGUAUGCCCAAAACGCAAUACACUCACACACAGCGACCAAGGGUCCUGAUAGCCCGUUGCCACACAAUGCCGGCAUCCAAUCUCCACUGAACAACUCCCUGGAAGCCAAAAAAUUUAAGAAGAAGGAUUUAUUCGAGGAUGUUCUUAGACAGGCGGACUCGGUAUCAAAAGUGGAACGGAUAAAUGUAUUUGAGCGCAGAACUGGUCGAGUAAUCACUGGUCACUUGGCACCUCCAGCGCAUCAGUUCAAGAAAUGGCUUCAAGAGAAUCCCACCUUCGAGGUUCUACCCUUGGGAACCAUUCAUUCAAUAGACACAGAGAAACGUCAGCUGAAGAGGGCACCCGAGGCAUCUUCCGUAUCCGAGUCGAUUACACAAAUACCCGCAAAAAAACCACUUGAUGCUGUAACUAAGGCUUCCCAACCAACUGCAAUUCAGGUUAGUCCCUUGGUGAACUCUUCCAUGCGUCCCCUGCUUAAAAAAGAUAAGGAGAAAGAGAAGCCUUCACCUGCAGCACAGACGGCAGCCCCUAGUCGAAGCGCAGGCAAACCAGAACCAGUUCGCAUUGGCAUCCGCCGGUCCCUCAGAGAACAACUGCUAGCUCGAAUUAAGGAGGCUCAGGCUGUAGAGCAGACCUCAAGUAAUACCACAACUCAGUGGCUGACGGUAUUUGAGGUGGAUCAGUUCGUUAAGAACGUGGAAUUGGAAAUGUUUAACUCCUUUGGGCGAGACGUAGGAGCCAAGUACAAGGCCAAGUAUCGGUCACUUAUGUUUAACAUAAAGGAUCGAAAAAACCGGACACUCUUCGAAAAGAUUUGUGCCAAGCAGGUGGAGCCCAAGCAGCUUGUAAGAAUGACACCUGAGGAGCUAGCCAGUCAAGAACUGGCCAAAUGGCGGGAGGAGGAGAAUCGACACCAGUUAGAUAUGAUCAAGAAAUCCGAGCUGGAUAUGUUGUCAUGUGCCCAAAAUUAUGUAGUUAAAACCCACAAGGGUGAAGAUGUGAUUCCUACUAAGGUUGACGUUAAGCUGCCGGAAGAAGACAAUUCAUCCACUGUUGAUACAAAACAGACGUCUUUUGUAAAUGAACCGGAAGUCUCAGUACUGGAACGUUCCACCUCCAGGGAGAAGUCCUCGUCAUCCAAGGAGAAGCGCCACAAAACUCACAAGCAUCACCACCGAAAGCGGAGUCGCAGUCGUUCCAAUAGUCGGGGUCGAAACCUCGAGAAGCGCCAUCGCAGGCACCACAAUGAGGAAGAUUCAGGUGGACGAGAUCGUGAGCAUCGGUCCCGCGAGAAACAGAGCAGGGAACGAGAUGAGGUUGUCCCCUCGCCCUUGCCCAAAAAGAGGGAAGAAAACGAUCAAUCGCCAGUGCCCAAAAAAAUUGUUGAAAAGAAAGCAGAUCAGAGUGCCUAUAACCUGAUUGAUCAAAUUUUAGAAUCUGAGAAAACAGUUGAGCAAGCGGCGAAUCUGGGAAAACCGAAACCUUCGCCGAAACCGCUUCCAACGCUACCAAGUUUAAGAGCCACCGAGCCUAUGGACAACUACUCUCGCUAUGUACAAGGCCUGACCACAAAAUCAUUAUGGACCGGCACUCUUAAGAUGAUCGACGUGACUGAUUUCGACAUGGUAAUGCAUCCCGUUCAGGGUAAUUGCCACCAACUAGGUAACCUAAUGCCUAGCCAAAUGGAUGUAAUCGGUCGCAUUACCCGCGUAAAUGUCUGGGAGUACAUCAAAAAGCUGAAAAAGAGUCCAACAAAGGAAGUUGUCAUAGUAAAUAUAUUUCCCGCAUCACCCAGCGAGACGGUUAAGUUUGAUCUCUUUUUCGACUACCUCGACUCCCGUCAACGACUGGGAGUUAUGGGGGUGGACUCCGAUCAGAUUCGGGACUUUUAUAUAUUCCCAUUAGGCGCCGAAGAUCAGUUACCACCAGCGCUGCAGACCGUGGAGCAAAUUCCCUUCUACGAGGACACCCAGAGACCCAACACGCUUCUUGGGAUUAUCGUGCGCUGUUUGACAAAGCGACCUAUAGAUUCUCUGCCAACCACUCCAUCAGUGCCUUCUCCGGUUCCCACUGCAAAUAGCAAAAUGGCAAAGAAAUCUCGCAGCACCGCUAUGUUCAUGCCUCAAGGUAGCCCCAAACGCAAGGCAAGCACCCAUUCCACCAGCUCCAAGGACGACGAGUUCGAUAUUGAUGCUAUCAUCAAGGCGCCUAUUGCCAAGCUACAAAAGACUCUACCAAAACCAGCGCCCCUGCCACCGGUGCUUAACGAUGCCGAUGAACCCUACUCUCCUGGGGGCUCCGACGACGAAUUAGUACCAAUAGCUUCAAGAAUCCCAAACGAUCUUGAGCGGCAGGUGAAUGAAAUCAACAAACAAAUUGCCGCGCAACAGAUGGAAAUUGCCGGCCUCCUCAAAGUGGAGCCCUCGGGAUCCUCGUCCUCUUCGAAUGUUUUAGCUGGCAUAUCGAUUCCACCAAAUCUUUCGAAAAUCCUGGCUAGCAUUAAGGACAAGCCCGAGCAGUGUUCUAAGACUGGUGAAGACAGCGAGGAGUACAAUCCCGAGGAAGCAAUCACCAGCUCAUUUGCAGCGAAGCCGAAGAGCAAAGGACGUUUGGCGCAUCUAAGUGAAGCUGAGCUUCUUAGCAUGGUGCCGGACAAUUUGGCUGCCGUGAUACCCAGCUCGUCAAAGACCCGCCACCAGCAUCAUCCGCCGCCGCUUCCACCACCGCCACCACCUCCUCCGGGUGUUUAGGAACCUCACCUGGAAGUAGACUAACCCGCGCGCUAAUCCCUUUAAUCGUUAUUAGUUUCUGAAUGAAAUUCACAACACUUGAUUUGAAAUUGUCUCUCGCCCCUCAUAUUGUACAUUCUCAUUCAGCUAAUUCAAUACCAUCUAUGUAUUAUAUCUGGCCAAUCGGAACUAUUUAGUUAUCUAACCUUCACAACUACAUCCCACCCCUCCCCGCAAUCGAACAGGAUCGUGUUUCGCAUAGCAAUUCAAGUUAGGAAUCUGUUUUUACAUUAUACUAUUUCAAAUCCUGUACAUUUCCUCGAAAUAAAAAGUGCUACGUAACAUUUGUUUUAGAGA